GAUUAGUAAGGCCUGGCCAGAGUCAAUCCGUGUUGUUUCUUUUUCGGGACCUGAGAGAGUCAACAGGCUCAGAAAGAAGCAAAAGCAGCGAAAAGGACUGGAAAAGGACACGCUGUUGGGCUGCAGGACACUUUAUAAGCUCUGUUAACGGAUCUAUAAACACAGCAGGCCUAGACGGCUGUCGACCCAGGCUCGGAGCAGAUGCUGAAGAAGGACGGGAGUGAAUGGCAGUGAAAGCAGAAGGCUCUGAGACAACCGGAGCAGCGUAAUGACUAGCAAGCAGGGCGGCCAUGUUGACCGACCUUCGCUCUCGGCCGUCAGGCCAUCUUCCACCUCUAAACUGCAAGUGCAGCGCUCGCAGUCCCGAGACACCAUCACCAUCCAUUUCUCUGCAUUGGGCAAGGAGGAUGACGACGAGGAAGAAGAGCUAUAUGGAGCAAGUGGAGCAGGGGGUGCAGGCACCUCAGACUCCUCCACUGAAGAAGUUGCAAGCAGUCAAGCAAUUGUGACAGCCUUGGAAGCAAGCGAAGACCUUGAUCUUGGGGGAGAACCUGAGACAAAACCUAUUAACGAUGUCCCUGUACUUCCUGUUGAGACCAGUGGACUUUCAAGCACAUCUGGUCAACAGAACACUAAUAUUCAGGAUCAUAAUUCUAGCACUACUGCUUCAGCCUUUUCAGGAGCUACGAGGGGGGCUGGACCUUCAUCAGGUUCCACGGAAUCGUCCCCUUCCAAAUCUGUAUCCCUUCCCUCAAUGGACAAGGCCUUUCUCAACCUCAUGAAGUCCCUCUCUACAGAUGUGGAGCCUCGGGAAGGAGUCCCAGCACCUUCUUCCAUGCGCCACCGGCAGAUAGUCAAGAGCCUGGUAAAGUCUUUGUCCACAGAUACUGCCCAGGAUCCUGCAGGAUCCAGUCGCCCAUCAGAUUCCCGCUUAAGUUUGCACCUGUUCAAACAGUUCACCCAACCCCGGACUGCCACCACUGUGGGGGACUCUAAAACUGCCCCAUCCUCUCCGUUAACCUCACCCGAGAACCGGCCCUUCUCUUUUAAGGUGUCGGAGGUUGAGGCACGUUUGGAAGAUACCAAACGACGCUUUUCGGAAGUCAUAUCCGAUCCAUUGCAGUUGAUCAGCAAGUUCAUCGGAGAUGAGGCUUCUAAUAUCUACAGGCCCAAGCCUCUUUCAUCGAGUGCCUCAGAGUCGGCAAGCCUUUCGGCCCUUAACGGUUACCCUGAAAACAACAACAACUACAGCAUCAAGGAGGAAGAAGGCGAUCUAGAAGGUGAAUGCACAACCCCAGGGGCAACUGAGCAGGCCUCAGCUGCUGAAAGCAAGACUAUCAAACCUUCUCCGUCGUCUUUGGGACUGAACGUGUGCUCGAUGUCCGCUCUCGCCAAGCAAGAGGACGAAGAGUUCUGUGAGCUUUAUAGUGAAGAAUUUGACUUUUCCAUGGACACGGAGGUGGAGGUUGAUCACACAGAUGUGGACACUAAGACUGGAAGCAGUGUUUGCGUGCCUGCGAGUCAGAGCGUCAUCACUUCUGUUGAAGAUGAGAUGGACUUGGAAGCCACACCUAGUAUUCCACACAAGACUUUGUUUGCUCUGACUGUCCUUAUCUAUGGAUACUUCAUAUUACCUUUGCCCACUUACCUUGGCGGAUUGCUGCUGGGUGUCGCCCUCGGGUUCAUGCUAGCCAUUGGUGUGGUGUGGCUAACGGGCCCAAAACGUGCAAGAAUUGCACCUAGACAUGUGAGGCAGCAGAGGGCGCUGUGUAACGUUGAACCUCUGGAUAUCAAAGAGCCAGGAAUGUUCAAGGGUUGGAUGAAUGAGAUUUAUAGCUACGACCCUGAAACCUACCACGCCACCCUGACCCACUCAGUGUUUGUGCGCUUGGACGGCUCCACACUGAGAAUCUCCAAACCUAAUAAAAAUAUCACCCGGCGAGCGAGUUACAACGAGCCAAAACCAGAUGUCAUCUACAUUAGUCAGAAGAUCUACGACCUCACAGACUGCAAGGUCUCUCUGGUGCCCCCAGGCCUUGCCAGAAAGCGGAUCUGGAACAAAAAGUACCCGAUAUGCAUUGAGCUGGCCAAGCAGGACGACUUCAUGUCCAAAGCAGAAGGAGAAAGAACCUCUGAAGAUAAAGAGAACACAGAUAUCACUGUAGAGCCCAGAAAGCCUUCCUCUGUGAGCUUACAGGACGGAGGCAGAGCGGGCUCGGACAGAGAGCCGCCCACCAUCUAUCUGUUUGGGAGAACGGGGAGGGAGAAGGAGGAAUGGUUCCAUAGAAUUCUGCUGGCCUCAAGGCUUAAAGCUGAAACUGCUAAGAAAACUGCUAGCCUGCCUGUCAGCAGGAGUGCUCCUGUGCUGUCCCACAGCCGCAGCAGUAGCCGGAGCAGUCUGGAUGAGCUGCUGUCCAAUCAGGCUGCUCGGAAAGAGUCCAGUAUGAGUGCCAAACUGAACCCACUGCUGGAGUACAGCACCUACAUGGCCAGCUACAUUAAUCCCACUACAGUGGGCAGCCGGAGCACCAGCCCCAGAGAGAGCCCACACAGCAGCCCUGGGGUGGCCAAAAAGUUGCCAAAUGAUGCCAUUAGCGAGGAGGGGCCUGUGUGCUGGGUGAACGCACUGAUUGGCCGGAUUGCGUGGGACUUCCUCAGGGAGCAGCACUGGGCUGAGUGGGUGUCCAAAAAGAUCCAAAUGAAGCUCAGUAAAAUCAAGUUGCCUUACUUCAUGAACGAGCUGACUCUGACAGAGCUGGACAUGGGCGCGAGCACUCCCCGAAUCCUGUGCGCCUCUCCGCCCUCAGUGGACCAUCAAGGUCUGUGGUUUGAUCUGGAGAUUUCAUACAAGGGUUCCUUCCUCAUGACUCUGGAGACCAAGAUGAACCUGUCCCGCUUGGGGAAGGAGGGAGAGGGUCUGGGAGAGUUCGGCAAAGAAGGGCACAGACCCCGUACUUACUGCCUGGCCGACAGUGAUGAGGAGUCGUCCAGCGCCGGCUCGUCUGAUGAAGAUGACGGGACGGAGAACUUGGCUGAUAAAAACCUGCCCCCCGGUGCUGAGGGAUACUCUGGAGUCCACAGACCGAGCAAGAUCAUGAGAUUCGUGGACAAGAUAACCAAGAACAAGUACUUCCAGAAGGCGGCGGAGACGGAGUUUAUUAAGAAGAAGAUGGAGGAGGUGUCCAACACACCGCUCCUGCUCACCGUGGAGCUUCAGGAGUGCAAGGGGACGCUGGCCGUCAACAUCCCCCCUCCACCCACUGACAGGAUAUGGUAUGGUUUCCGCAGUCCGCCUCUGCUGGAGCUGAAGGCUCGUCCCAAACUGGGGGAGAGAGAGGUGACGCUCGCACAUGUAACAGACUGGAUAGAAAAGAAACUGGAGCAGGAGUUUCAGAAAAUUCUUGUGAUGCCAAACAUGGAUGACGUCUGGCUCCACAUCAUGCAUUCCGCCACAGAUCCUCGAACCGACACGCCACUGACAGAUAGCAAGGGAGGCCUGAACAUCCCGGAGCCUGACAGUUCUCUUCCAGAGGAUCCAUGAGAGACUGGACAAGUCUCAGUAAUUGGCUGAACGGAGAGAGCUGAAAACGUGGGGUGUGAAAGAAAGAAAGCUUGAGGAGUUUGCUCCUGAUGUCUGCUGCUGGGGUCUUUGGUGCCUCGUUCUCUUCACAGUGGGCCUUCAGCAGAACAUGGAAGAAGACACGUAUAGACUUUGCUGCUUUAAUGACUUUAUCGGUGAAGAAGAGUAUGAAGAAGAAGAGAUUUGUUGCUGUGCAUGGAAAGAAGAAAAUGUGAGGAUGAAGAGUGUGGAUGGCAAGUGUGGAUGGAGAGGUUGGACCGUGCACCGUGUGUGGAUUGUGGGUUAAUACUGUGGCUUUGGGAGAAGGUGAUUGUGGGUUAUGUAGUCUCAAUCGUAUUUGUGCUCACUGGAAACUGGAAGGAUGACAAUAUGCAACUAUGAAGGAGGUGGAUUGAAGGUGAAAACAAAGUACAGUUAUAUUUCUAGGUAUUGUGAUUGCGAUUGCGAUUUGCUUUGCGAUAUUAUUGAAAGUGGUCUUGUAAUUAAUGUGACACGGUUAGAGUCAGGCCUCUCCUAAUUUGACCAAAAUAACUGACGUUUGUUGGUUUGCUUGAGUGACUUAAUUUAUCAGAUCAUCCACAAGAACUCUCCACAAGUGGGACUGGGGCCGUUUGUGAUUUGAUUAGGAUGUCUUCUACAAAGACCAGUAUUGUGAUAUCAGUGAACAAAUGAUUAAUUGUGAAGACCUUGCGUGUAAUAUACUCUACUACCGGUUUAAUGUCGCACCAGUACAGUUUAAACACAGAGUAGAGGGUCUGGUGUGUUUAACCGAGUCAUGCCUUGUUUUUUUCCAAUGCCAGUUCUGCUCUCUUUAAAGAAAAAAAGGUGUUUCACAUGGUUUAUUAGGCAAAGAAUAUGGAAUAAGGUGAAUGUGAAGGUUCUUUAGAUGUUUUUAAGAUUAUUCACACUCAUAUAUUCUCUUUAAAGAACUAUUUGUAGCACCUUUAUUUUUAAUCAGUUUGGUGCCAUUUUGCCAAUUCCUAUUUUCUAACUUGCGUGCUUCAGUGCUUUAGAUAAUUUUUCAGACAUUACACACUACUUACACAUGAUCAAAACUUACAUUUGCCUAAAUCUCACAAAACAUAAUUUCUUAGCUAGCUUAAAAGAACUGAUCAGAGUACUAUGGCUAAUAGUGAAUGCUGGCUAACAGUACAGUGAUAUUAUUGCUGUGCUAACUGUCGCUAUCCUGUUUAUAUCCAGGUGUUUAUAUGUAUACAAGUCAGUUAAAUUUUUUGUGGCCAUCUUUGCAUUGCUGUCAGACAAUUACAUCCACUUAUACAAGACCAGCCUCCUAUAUGUCUGAAAGGGAGAGGUUCUUGAAAUCGAACGUCAAGUUACCAUGUCAACAACAUAUUUCUAAUUGGUUAUAAAAUCUAACAAAACCGCAGUCACAUUUUUUUAUCAUUUGCCUGCUAAAUAAUGCAGUAAAAUCAUUAUAUUUGAGCUACUGUGCUUGUGCAGAUCUCCACAUCAAGUAGGGUUGAUUGGGCAUUACCAGUGGUUGGUCUCCUCAUUAAAAACAACUUAAUUUUAAGUUUUUGCCUUGUGUAGGCUAUAUUAUCUUUGAGUGCAAAUGAGGAUUAACCAAUUGAAAUGUUCCUUGUGGUAAAUGGUAACUUAUUUUUAUUGUUCUGAGAUCCUGAGCUAGCCAUAUGAUUAGAAAGAAGGUGAUUUUUGUGACGAUGGUUCUUAUUGGCUGUUCCUCUGCCUGCAGCCAUAUACUGUGCCUGAAUACUCCGGAAUGAAUCUAUGUGUGCUUUGUGUGCUUAAGUGUAACUGUGUCAUCGCAUACAUAUUGUUGUUGUCACGCAAAAACCUUGUAUCUCCUCUAAAAUGGAAACUUUUCACAAGAAGUAAAAAAAAAAAAGCAUCUUAGUUUUAGUGGAAGUCAGUGGAGCAUUUCCAUUGGUCCAGUCAAAAUGAAAUUUAGGCACGGUUUAAAAAACAACCAAGGUUUUUGCCUGACAGCUACUUUCUACUGUCUGCGCCUUUUUAUCAUUCGUGUCUUCUAUGCAUCAGUCAGUGGUUUACGUUGGAAAAUCUAAAAGUUAGCUGCUUCAGAGCCAAAAUAAUUCAUCGUGUGAGAGAAUAAUAUCGAGGCAGUCCACUGAAUAUAUAUAUAUAUUUUUUUUCUAGUAUAUUUAUUUUCUCCAAUGCUAAUGCUAACAAUUCCACAUAGCAUUUAUUGGCCUUCGUGAGUCGUGUGUGAUUUGCUACAUAUAGUACCAAAUCACUAAGCUUAUUAUGACCGAAGUUAAAGCUUGACUUGUGGCUAACUGAUGAUGAUACUGAACACGUAUGAAGUUUUAUGUGUUUUAUGUUACUGAUAAAACUACCACAGUACAACACUACAUGAAGAUUUAUAUGAAGAUACCCAAUGGAACCCAGUGGAAGUGUUAUUUAAUAGUGUAGUGUCAAGUCCAACAGCCAUGUUUAUACAUCAGAACUGGCAGGGGUUAUCAUGUGAAGGAGGUGCUCACACUGUGGCUGGUGGGUUGAGAUGGCAAUAGGAAUAAACAGCAAAGACAGAGAUGGCAAAUUAAGGUUUGUUAAGUAAUUCCAUAUCAGUUCUAAAGAAGAACCUGUUUUUAAUUCCAAAUAGAAAUAUUUAAAAUUCAACUUUUAUUCAAAACAUACACCACGAUAGUUCUAUUUCUGUUUUGAUUGAUACAAUGCAAUUCUGAUAUUGAUAUGAAAAAAUAAAAGACACAGAAAAACAUCCAAGAACGCCACACAAUAGAAGUUUGACCCUACAAACUUCUGAAAAAUGAAUUUGCCAGUUUACGUAACACGCCCUGUAAUCUACGUCAAUUCUUAAUGGAGCCCACAGUCAGUUUCAGUCUGUCUCAGCAUGUACGUGGAUAUUUAUACAAUACUAAAUGGUACCAGAUAUGUGUGGUAGGGUCUGAGUUAUAAUGAAUGUAUUUUUUUUAUGUGUGCGCGUGCGAAUGCUUGUGCGGAUUCUAGCAUAUGCCUUUCAUUGUGCUAUAGAGUUUAUUACUUGAUACAAAUCAAGUUUUUUAUCCUUGUAUCACUGAUGAUAAAAGAAAUAUAUAUAUAUAUAAAUAGAUAUGCAUAUAUUAUGGUGGCUUUUCUUCUAAAUAUGAUGGGUAGAUUGUAUAUGAAGCCAUUUUGCCUAAAAUCUAAAAUAUGUGUUUUUGAGAUAUAUAUUUUUUUGUUUGUUUGUUUUUUUUUUGUGUGUUUUUUUUUUUGUUUUGUUUUUUAAUAUAUGUCAUUCCCAGUCCGGCCUGCUUUAGCCAAGCUGAAUCAGCCUGAAGUAAAUCACUUUUUUUCACUAUAUAUUUGUUUCUUUUUAACGCACUAUUUAUUUAGAAACUUACACCGGAUCACUAUGGCACAUUGAGUCACCAAACUCAAAAAAUAUAACACUUUAAAUACAACUUUAAAUCAUUUAUAUAGCAUAGUUUCUUAUGUAUGGUAAAUACCUAAUUAUACCCAAGUGCCCAGUAUUAAAUUGCUAAAUAUGUGGUACUUGUAAUAAUUUAUGUCUGCUUUAUAUUCUUUGAGUAUCAAUUUCCCUUAAACUCAACAGGCCUGAAUGUGGGUCCCCUUCCGUUCUUUACUUCUAUUUUCCAAUAAUUACUGCAUAAUCAAUAGUAGUAAGGUUUCUAACUGAGUAAUCUGAGUACGUUUAGGGUUUACGAUGUUACACUCAUAGUAAGUUAAGUGCAAAAUUCCAGGAAUGUACAGCAGUACUUAUUGUAUCCGUUUUUUUUUUUCUUCUUCUUCUUCUUCAUGUUCAUUUCUAUGCACUUGCAAUUUUAACGUGCAAAACAUGCACCUAGUGUUACUAGUACGGUAAAUACUACACAUUUACUGCAGUGUAUUUAUUGCAUUGUUGUAUGAAGUGCUGCUUUACACAGUGUGUAGCUUUCAUUUAAGUUGCUAAACGUGCUAAAGGAAUGUACACCAUUAGAUAUAUCCCAUUUACCUCAAUCUUUACACAACCAGCCAAACAUCACUGUUAUGGAGAAAUCUUGUAUCAUCAAACUUGCAAGAUACAAACUUUUUUUUAAAAUUAUUAUUUAAUUUUUUUUCCUAUUUUCUCCCCAAUUUACAUCCACUCAUUAGGACUCUCUCUAUCACUAGUGAUGCCCUAAAACCAGGAGGUUAAAGACUAUUACAUGCCUCCUCCGAUACAUGUGAAGUAAGCCACCGUCUCUUUUUGAACUGCUGCUGAUCUUGAAUUGGCGAAUAGCAUCACAGUGUGCUCGGAGGAAAGCGCAGCAACUCGGUUCCGAUACAUCAGCUCACAGACGCCCUGUGCUGAGCAACAUCACCCUUUGGAGUGAUGUGGGGAGAGAGAGAGAGCGCCAUCUACCUGCCCAGAGACAGCAAGGCCAAUUGUGCUCCCUCUGGGCUCCAGUAGCUGAGGGCAAGCUACAUAAACUGCUGCUGAUCUUGAAUUGGCGAAUAGCAUCACAGUGUGCUCGGAGGAAAGCGCAGCAACUCGGUUCCGAUACAUCAGCUCACAGACGCCCUGUGCUGAGCAACAUCACCCUUUGGAGUGAUGUGGGGAGAGAGAGAGAGCGCCAUCUACCUGCCCAGAGACAGCAAGGCCAAUUGUGCUCCCUCUGGGCUCCAGUAGCUGAGGGCAAGCUACAUAAACAGGAUUCGAACCGACAAUCUCCUGAUCAUAGUGGCAGCGCUUAGCCCGCUGGACCACUCAGAGCAAGAUACAAACCUCUUGCUUCUAAUCUGGUAGUUUGGCUGAUCAGCUACAUCGAUUGAGCUAAGGCAUAAUGGUGUACGUUCUGAUUAAGUUAAAUCCAACAUGUACAGCAUUUUUACAGACAUUGCUUGUAAUUACUACAUGUUUAACUACUGUGAAUAGUACCACCAAUAUUUACCAUACUGUAAAAAUGAAGUUCUGCCAUUACCCUUCUUUUAGCCAUCUGUGCUAAAAUUGUGCUACAGCUAUGCUAACAUUUUUUGCCAUUGACUGCCAUUCACAGGCCUGAAAAUGAGAUUUGUCAUCAAGUAAUACUGUGAUAUUUUCUAUUUCUCGUGAACAUGCUCUAAAAUUCUCCACACACUUCACACUUGAUGUGAUUUGACUCCUGAUAGCUCCUGUUCGCUUUGCCACUCGGAGGAGCUUUCGCCUGGGUGAAACUGAAUCUGUAUUUCCAUGCUACACUUGGUUUAAAGCUUGUUUACAGGGGAAAGUGUUUUGUUUUUUUUUCCCACUAAAGAGUUCUUUAUUCUUAGUCUUUUAUAUUAUUAUUCCUUUCUUCCUGGAUUCUGGAUUAAUACUUGAUUUUGUAUUUCCCUUAAUCAGCAAUGAAAGAAAUCUCUGUUGCUACUUACUGUUGAACCAGAUUUCUUUUUCUUUGCCUUAAUGUAGCUGGUUGUAAGGAUUGUAAACAGUGUGUUCCUAAACAAAUCGUGUUCCUGAAUGACAGAUGAAAGGAAAUGUAAUGAAGAUUUUCCUGUUGAGGUAAUUUAUUAUUUUAUUUUAUUAUGUUCUACAACUGGAUUACAAAAAUCUGUGUGCUUAUAAGUGCUAAUAAGUGUGCCACGCUACGUAAAGAAAUCAGGGCAGUGUUAUUGUGAGAGAUUUUUUUUCCAGCACAUAUAUAAAUAUAUAUAUGCCUUGUCAUAUCUGAAUUCCCAAGUGUUGCAAAAAUGCCUGUUUGUUUUUGCUGACCUUGCUUAUUUGAUAUGUGCACUUUUUUUUUGUUUCAGUGAAGUUUUUUGAUUUGGUCUUGCGUUGUAGGCUACAUUUCUGGGUUAAUAUGUUAACCUGUGUGGCUUUGUAAUUUUUCUUAAGUAAUUGAAAUAAAGAUUUUUCAUAUUG